CUUUCCUUUCUUUUCCCCGGGGGAAACACAGUGGAACGACAGCAGGGACGAACGACGAUACCGGAGGGGUUGUGCGCGGGAUGGAGGUCCCGCUUGUCUUGGAUGACGGGUCGAUUCCUAGUCCCCGGUGGAGACGGGAGAGUGCGUCGUCGCUUGCGAGGACGGGAGGAGUGAACAGGGAGGCUACCGGGCUGGUGCCCGGCUUUGUUGCUACGGCAGGUGGUUCGCAGCUGGAGAUGCGACGCUUGUUGUCGGCUGUGCUGACCGAUGGCCUAGUGGAGUGUUGUCCUGGCCUGGAGGGCUGUCCCGGGGGGGGCUCCGAGGACUCUGAGGAGUGGCGCUGCUGCGUGUAUGAGAGGUGCAGGGCGCACCUCAGCUUGAAGCAGGAGGCGGGUUAUUUUCCUGUGCUAGCGUGGCGGACGGCUGUCCGUGCAGUGGAUCUGGUGUCGCUGUAUGCGAUGUCUUGUUCCCUUGCGGGGGGUAAGGGAGACGGUGUCACGCUGCGGGAGCAGCCGUGGAACUACCAGUCAGGGGCGUAUACUACUGUUGUCCGUAUGGACAUGUACCGUGUCCUCGGGGACCAGCAACGAAGGAGGAUCCGUGGUUGGCAGACUACGUACCGGCACGGGAAGUGUUUCUCUGACCUCCUCGUGUAUGAGGUGGAGGUGUUGGCCUCGCCUUGUGGGCCUCGGCAUGGGUCCACUAGCGUUUCUGUCUCUCGCGAUGGUCACUGUGACUGGGUAGUCCAGUGGAUGGCGUUCCUGGGAGGCGUGCAGCGUAAGGUUUCGCAUCAUGUCUGGUGCCCUGGAGGGAAGGGCACGCUGGUCUUGUGAUCUGUCUUCGCUCUGUGAGCGCUGGUGUUGUCGCGCCAGUGAUGCUCUCUAGUGUCCCGAAGGUGUGGUUUCUGCUGGAACCGGCAGAGCUUUUUGGUGUGGAAAGACACGGUGUUGUUUCCGCCGAGCUGCAGUGUCGGUGGUGGAAGUGCAGCUGACUUGGUGUCGCUCUAUGCGCCAUGUGUAGCACACAACUGAGUGAUGACGUGUAGGAAUGGAGUAGAUGAAAUGCAAAGAGGAAGGAACAGCGUGUAUCGUAGUAGUAAUAGAAUGGGACGGAUUACUAAAUGAAAUGAGAGGAACAGUAGGCC